CGUUGCCACGAGUCCGUCCUGGGCCUGAGGACGGUCUGAUGAAGGCCUGAGGACAACUGCAGCCUACUGCACUGGCCACCGACGCGUCUUGACCGCGACGCGACGCGUUUUGGAGGCACGCCCACCAUCUGUACUCACAGAGCCAUCCUCUCGCACCAACCCGACCAAGAAAGCACUGUGGCAUCAUCGUCCGGUGCCAUAUGCACCGCCGAGCGCCCGCAUCGAUGUCAUCGAUUCCCAUUGGUCCGUAGUCCAUGACUCUGCAAACAUGAUCGGCUUGCUUUGGUUCAGAGUCUCUCUUAGCCUUCAUGUCUGCGAACACGGAAACCACCUCCACCCAUGGUCAGGGUCCCAAAGACGAUGCUCCUUCCGGGGCGGCUUUGCAGGAAGCAGGCCUCACCGCCGUAGACCAGCCGUUGAUCUGCGUCGACUUGGACGAUGUGCUCAGCCAGAGUAACCGUGUAGUCGGAGAAUGGCACAACGAUACAUACGGUACGCGCAUGACGCUGAAGGACUUCCAUUACUACUAUUACUGGAGGAAUCCGUACUGGGGCAGUCCGGACGAGACCUUCAGGAAAGUUGACGAGUUUUAUGCGACUACGCGUCUUUACGAAGCACCACCGGUCGAGGGUGCUCUUGAAGGUGUGAACGCAUUGAAGUCCAUGGGAUACCGCCUGGUGCUGGUGACCGCUAGGCAAAUUCGCGAACUGCCGAGGACGAAGGAAUGGGUUGACCAGCACUUGAAUGGCAUUUUCGACGACAUCAUCUGUACCGGAAUGUCUCAGGAGACACUUGCGGAUGAGACGAUGCUCAUAACGAAGCUGUCAAAAGCUGAUGUGUGCAAGAAACUCGGCGCAAAGCUCAUGAUCGACGACUCUGUCGAAAAUGCUCUCAAGUGCAUACAGGCAGAUCCUCCGGUGCCUGUGCUCCUCUUUGGCGAUUACGAAUGGAACAAACGGAGUGGCAAGUACGUGCACAUCAAGGAUGAACUGAGCUUUGACGAGCGGACCGAGCGGGAAGGAGGGAGAGAGUGGUGGCAUGACGACGAUGUCUCGAUACCAGAGGGCGCGCCGCUGACUAGGGUGAAUAAUUGGGAGGAGGUUGUAGGAUGGGUAGAGAAGAAUUUGAAGCCGUAGGUUCCCAAAUAAAUGAAUUUGACGAUCCUUGUUGCUGUUGUAUUCAGUGCAUAUGUACCUGCAAACAUCAGAUUAACCGACUAUAUCCCAUUCGCAGACA